AUGCUUUCCAGAGCUCUGAGGGGCGGACAUCGCGCUCUGCCGUUGAAGCGCAAUGUCAAUGUCUACGUGCCUUUGGCGAAGAGAACUGUCACUACCGAUGCCGCCUCAUCUCACGCCGAGAAAGAACAUGUGCCCGAAGAAGAUGACAAGCCUUUCCAAGUCACGCUCUCUAAUGAGAGCUUUGAAACCUACGAAAUCGACCCUCCUCCAUUCACCCUAGAGACCACGAAGAAAGAGCUCAAGCGGAUGUACUACGAUAUGGUAUCAAUAAGACGGAUGGAAAUGGCCGCGGACAGACUAUACAAAGAGAAAAAGAUCCGAGGUUUCUGCCAUCUUUCCACCGGCCAAGAAGCCGUUGCGGCAGGCAUUGAGCACGCUAUAACCAAAGAAGACCACGUCAUCACCGCUUACCGAUGUCACGGCUUUGCCCUUAUGCGCGGCGGAACCGUCAAAAAGAUCAUCGGCGAGCUGCUUGGCCGAAGAGAAGGCAUUGCCUACGGAAAGGGUGGAUCUAUGCAUAUGUUUGCAAAAGGUUUCUACGGCGGCAAUGGUAUAGUCGGCGCUCAAGUACCUGUAGGUGCGGGCAUUGCAUUCGCCAAUCAAUACAAGAACAAUACCAACACCACAAUCUGCCUCUACGGAGACGGUGCCAGCAAUCAAGGCCAAGUCUUUGAAGCAUUCAAUAUGGCUAAGCUUUGGAACCUACCCAUACUUUUCGGCUGCGAAAACAACAAAUACGGCAUGGGCACCGCCGCCAACCGCGCCGCUGCUCUCACCGAAUACUACAAACGCGGCCAAUACAUCCCCGGCCUCAAAGUCAACGGCAUGGACAUCCUCGCCGUCAAAGCCGCCGUCCAAUACGGCAAACAGUACACCACCGAAGGCCACGGCCCUCUCGUCCUCGAGUACGUCACCUACCGCUACGGCGGGCACUCCAUGUCCGACCCGGGCACCACCUACCGCACGCGCGAAGAAAUCCAACGCAUGCGCUCGACCCAAGACCCCAUCGCAGGACUCAAGCAGAAACUGCUGGACUGGGAAGUCACCACCGAGGAGGAGCUGAAGGGGAUAGAUAAAGAGGCGAGGUCGUCCGUGGACAAAGAGGUGGAAAUCGCCGAGAAGAUGGCGGUGCCGGAGGCGACGCCGAAGAUUCUGUACGAGGAUAUCUAUGUCAGAGGAAGCGAGCCGGAGUUCAUGAGGGGCAGGAUUCCGGAUGAGAAUUACUACUAUGAGCAGAGUGUGAGGGAGGGGGGCAAUCUGGGUCGCUAUGAAGGUGAGAGGCAGGCUGCGUAG